GAAACUCUAGCGAGGAUGGUGAUGCUGUAGAUAUGAAUUACUGCCGAGGGUUUUUUUUUUUUUUUAUUUCAACUAGGGAAAAAAGAAGAAGAAGAAGAAGAAGGAAACAAUGGUGAAACCUAAAAGAAACGUUUCUUUCUCCAACGAAUUCUUCAAAGUCUACCUUUCAGAUUUCAGUUCCCGCCAACUGAGUUUACCACCUGCGUUUGGUAUACAGUUUAAUGGAAAGAAUGAAGCUUUACCGAAGACUGCUACACUUAAAGAUGGGAAUGCAAAGAUUUGGCAAGUAGGGUUGGUGAAAAGAGAAGGGGACUGGGUUAUUAAAGAUGGGUGGAAAGAGUUUGCUUGUUAUCAUUCUUUAGUUGAUGGAGAUUUCUUAAUUUUUAAGUAUGAUGGGAGUUCUGAAUUCGAAGUUGAAUUGUAUGGUAAUGAUGGAUUGAAGAAUAAUGGAUUGAAGAAAGAAGGUAGAGGUUUAGAGAAUAAGCUUAGCAUUCAUGUGAAGGAGGAGCUAGAAACAGAAGAAGAUUUUAUUGGUAGUAGGCCUAGUACUGGUUGCAAGCAGAAAGAUUCAAACAUUGAGCCUCGCAUAACUCGAUCGCAGGGUUUGUUUGGAAAAAGUGGACCUAAAUCAAGUGAAACUAAGAUAGCAGAACUUGGAGAAUGCAAGGGGGCUAAAGCACCAUCAUCUGUUCCUCGUGAAGUUCCACGCUUUGUUAUGAAUAUUACUAAAAUUACUCGAUUUGCACGUAUUCCUAAGAAAUUCCUGCGAGAAAAUAAUAUUGAAUUACCUAAAGAGAUAAAACUUCGCGAUGAGAGUGGGAAGUUAUGGCCUGUGCAAACCAGUCUCUGGGACAGCGGCUAUACUGUGCUUACUAGUGGAUUCUCUGAGUUCUGCAGGAUGAAUAAGUUGGUACCAAGAGACCAGUGCGUUUUUACAUUUAUAUGCUCAAAAGGCAAUUUAUGCAAUGUAAUACAGGUGCAAGUUGUUCGCCGGGGUCCCAGAACUUGAAAACAUGGCUGGCAGUUGAAAGCAUGACAGCUUGUCCGACCUUUAUCAUAAUAGGGUAGGCAAGCUAUGCACCAGUUCUGCUUUCCUGGUUAAAGGAAAACAUGGUUUAGUUGAGGAAUAUUUUUCUUCUAAAGUUGUUGAGCAUUUGGUAAGAUGGUUUGUUUUUACUUAAUCAAAUAGUGAGCACAAUCCAUUGUUCUGAAUGCAGUUUUGGUUGCUGAUAUCUAAACUAGAUUUUUGUAA